AUGCUUUGGAUCCAUAAUCAAAUCUUUUGUUUUGCUCAACAACCACCACCACCACCACCAUCACCACCACCGACAACACAAAUUGAAGCAACUGAUUUGGAAGAUGGUCAUCCGAAUCAUCAACUCUGGAAAAAAAUGAUUGAUCCAGGACGUUCAUUAUCUUCGGAUCGCACGCACUAUUCACGCAGUGGUGCGGCAAUAAAUACCGUCGAAGAAUUCCUUGAUACAUUAAUUAAUUCAAGCCGUUAUGAUAGACGUAUUCGACCAUUCUUUGAUCAACGUAGAGCAUGUAAUGUGACAAUGACGAUUCAUAUUAAUACAAUUUCGGCUAUUAAUGAAGUUAAUAUGGAUUAUAAUACAGAUUUAAUUUUUCGCCAAUCAUGGUAUGAUCCAAGAUUAAAUUAUAGUGGAACAGAUUGGGCAGCAAAGUCGCCAGAAAUUACAUUGCAUUAUUCACUUAUUGAUCGUAUUUGGGUACCUGAUUCAUUUUUUCGGAAUGCUAAAGAAGGUAAACGUAGUGAUAUCACCGUACCCAAUCGGUUAAUUCGUGUUCAUCGUGAUGGGAAAGUCCUUUAUAGUCAAAGACUUUUACUGAAACUUGAUUGCCAAAUGAAAUUACAAAAAUUCCCACUUGAUAAUCAAACAUGUGUUGUCAAUAUUGGCAGUUAUGGUUUUGCUACAACCGAUUUAGCAUUUUUUUGGGAUCAAGCUUCAAAUAUAAGUGCCAUUCGAGUUAAUGAAGAUCUCGAAAUGCCUGAUUUUGUAUUGAGUAAUCAUGAAGCUAAAUAUUGUAAUCGAACAACAGCAACAGGAUCAUUUGCUUGUAUCGAAGUACAUCUCUCUUUACAACGCAACAUCAAUUUAUAUUUACAACAGCUUUAUUUACCAUCAACAUUAAUUGUUGCUCUAUCAUUUAUCGCAUUUUGGAUCGACUAUAAAUCUCAUCCUGCACGAACAUUAUUGAGUUUACUCCUCAUUGUUACAGUCACAACAAAGGCUGAAGGCAGUUUUACAUGCCUGCUUGUUGUUCUUCAUUUGAAACGUUUAUUUGGUUAUUAUCUUGUUCAAGUUUAUAUUCCAUCAAUGCUUAUUGUGAUUCUUUCUUUUGUUUCAUUCUGGAUCGAUCAUAAGUCGGUUCCAGCUAGAAUUUCAGUCGGUCUUUUAACUGUUCUUACAGUUACUACUCAAAGCUCAGGUAUCCGAUCACAAUUGCCACGUGUAUCAUAUAUAAAAGCAAUCGAUGUAUGGAUGUCAGCAUGUCUUGUUUUUGUAUUUGCUGGUUUAUUAGAAUACGCACUUGUUAAUGUUAUUGCUCGUAAAGGAGAAUUAAGACAACAAGUUCGUUUUUCUAAAGAAGUUAUUGGCAAUCGUCUUGCUCAAGUACAUUUUUAUAAAAAAGAUGGCGGUCAUCAAAGUAAUGCGGAAACAAUGGAAACACUUGUUCAUAAGACAAGUAAUGCUGAGAGAAAAUUAAGUGGAAAUACCACUAAUACACAUGUUCAUUAUUCAUCAAUGUCAAAUACUAAUGCACCCUCACAGCCGACACCACAGGUUGUCGUGUCACAACCAGCACAGCUAGCAAUAGCUGCUAAACCUGUUCGUGACAGUGCACAAUUUGUCGAUCUUAUUUCUGCAGUUCUUUUUCCUGUUGCCUUUAUUGUAUUUAAUAUUAUUUAUUGGAUGGUUUAUCUUAAUAUGCAUGUUGAAUAUAUUUUGAAAUAG